GGAAUACAGUAUAAAACGAGGAUUAGGGACAAUGGAGUAUUAGCAAGCUUGGGAAAUUACUACAACCAGUUUGUGCCGUUUUUCUUUUGCGCAAAAUUCCUACUCGUAUCUCGAUCGUCUACCUGAUGCAUGCAGCGCAAUUAAAUCUCCCUAGCUUUUUGAUCAACUUAUGAAAAGUGUUAACGUACAGUUCUUCUAAAUUCUUUGAGAUAUGAGAAACCGGGUCGAAUAUGUGUCAAUUGACUUGCGAAAUCUAGAUGGGGUGAUUCUAGAGGAUGAAUCUGACAAGGAAAAUGGAGGAGACGGUAGCAGAAAUGCAACAGGGCCAGCAGUGGAGGACAUUCUUCAAAUCCAUGAUAAGGCAAUGAAUAGAUGGAACACUCUAUUUAUCAUUGUCUGUGCAACUUCGGUCUUCAUUGAUCCUUUGUUCUGUUAUAUCCAUGUCGUUAAGGAGGACUAUAUGUGCUUCACUUACGACUUGAAGUUGUUCUGGACAUAUAUUUGUUUACGGUCAGGCGGUGAUGUCUUUUAUCUCAUCGACAUUAUCAUCUUCCUCGGUGGAAUUUGCAAGAAACGCAAAGGUAAAAUAUAUGGUGUAUUCUGGAAGCCAAGCAGUGGGAAAAAAAGGGUACUUCCUUGAAAAAAAAUGUUCAGAAAACGGUGCUCGCUUCAGUUAUCCAUUCUACCUCGCAUUUUGGUCUCCCUUCCCAUUCCAGCGGUAAGAGAAGCCCGACCAGAAUAUAAAUGUGGAGUUCUCCCAAUUGCAAGUCCCAUAUAUAAAUGUCAGCUCUUGCUAUCCGUUUAGGGAUUCAAUUGUCACCAUAAAUCUUUUGGGUUAACUGAUUGCAUAAUGUGUGCAGGUAGUCAUGGUCUUGUCGUAUGCCACACUGUCCAGUACUGUCCGCUUUGAUCCACUUUA